CGCCAAAUCGGCGGAAAAACCCGAAAGGCCGAAGCGGCUUCGCGCAAAUAUAAACACAAUCGUAGAAAUACUGAGAUUAACUCGGGAUUACUGAGUUAUGGCGCGAUAUUUGAGACCCCCUAAUACUUCUCUGUUCAUCAGGAAUAUUUCAGAUGAAAGCAGAAAAUGUAAAGACAUACAGUUCUGGAGACCCUCCCUACAGAGAAUAUUUAAAAGUAAAGGCUGAAGUAGAGUAGAUUGAAGCCAAAGGGACCGUAAGGAUUCAGGCGGCAAGAAAUAGAGGGGAGAGAGAAAGUUAAAGCUUGAAGAUUCAAAGAGGGGACCAAAGUCAAGGCCACGGUAUGUUCCAAACAGAGAGAGGAAAAGAGAAAAGAUAAUGAGGCAAAGACAAGCGGGAACCCCCCCCCCAAGCCCCUCUGGAAACGCUUAAAGAGAAUAAAGCUCAAGGUCAAAGCUCAAGCAUGUUAAAGGUAACCAGUAUUAAUUUUUGUAUCCUACCUUUGCUGGAGUAUCUGCAUUCUUCCCUCUUUUUUGUUCAUAAUUUUAAUAAAAGUCUUAAAGUUAGUUUUUGUAAUCUCACAAUUCUGUGUUAAUGCCAUUGUUGAAUCGUUAUUUCUACUCAGACUUGGUGAUUCAUGCUGAUUUCCUAAUUGUACAUGCAGAAAUUCCACCAAUUAAGGUUAAAAAGAGGUUUUUAAUUUUUAAUUAGUAUGAGUAAUCCAGUAAUGACGCCUCCCUUUUAAAAAAAAAUCUUGAUUUCUCCUGAUGUUUCCACUUUGCUGUCUCUGCUGUGUUAAAUUCUGUUGCACUGAAUGAACCUGGUCCUGUCUGGUGAACGUUGGUGAACGUCAGUGAGGCUGUGGCAGUGUUUAUUCACGUGUUUGUGAAUGUUUGUGAAUGUAUAGUGUGUACUAGUGUGUGUUAAGAUGCAAAACCUUAACAGCAGUAGCAUGUUCGAGGAUGUUCGAGACGCAGAGGACGCUCUACACAAUCUGGACCGUAAAUGGGUCUGCGGACGGCAGAUUGAGAUCCAGUUCGCACAAGGAGACAGGAAAACUCCAGGACAGAUGAGGUCCAAAGAGAGGCGUUCCCCUCGCAGCUUCUCCAGAUACGACGAUUACGACCGCGACGGACGUCACCGACGCUCACGAAGCCGCAGCUACGACAGACGCCGGAGUCGUAGUCCGUCAUACGAGCGGCGACCGCGACGCUCAGAGAGCCCCCGAGAGUCUCGUAGACACAGGCGAAGCAGGAGUCACGAGAACGACAGGUACAGGAAUCCCCGGGAUCACGGUCGGGGGCACCGCGGCGGUCCGUCUCGUAGCCGGUCCAGGUCCCGCUCCCCCGACUCCAGGUUCAAAUCUAAAAGCCGUAAAUCUCGCUCCCAGUCUCGGUCGCCCCGCCCCCCCGCCGAGGACCUGCCCCCUUCCAUCAGCACCCGAGAGGAGCAGACCCACGCCCGCUCGCGCUCCUGCUCUCGCUCCGUCUCUCGCUCGCGGUCGCGCUCGCGCUCCUGGGCCGGGCGAAAAUCCGGCGGCCACUAGGACUCUGAACAGCAGCGCCCCCUGCAGGUCACCCUGCCUCACAGAACGGUUGGGUUAUUUACGGAUUCGUCAAAGCUUUCUGGUGUAUUGUUUAUUUUUUGGGUUAAAAUAACUCACGAACAGAAACAGGUUCAGUUACUUACUUACUUUUUUUUGUGUAAAAUAUACGUCUGAAGUACAGCCUUAGCUCUACUUUUUGUUAUUACUUUAUAUUCAGGUUUUGUCGUUAAGGUUAAUUAACAUUUAAAAUUCAUAUUCUCUUAUUCAGACAGUCAGCAGUAGAUAACGGACCAGAGGAAAAAGAAAACGUAAAAUGUAGUUCAGUAUUGUCUAUUAUAGACAUUUUACAUUGAGUUUUCAUUCUUUUUUUUCCUUUCCUUUUUGUGGUUUGGCAGAACAAAGGCUGCUGUUACAAUUUUGAGUUUUGUAACCAAAAGAUGUUAAAACUGCGUAAAACGUUUAACGUAUUUAUUUUUCCUUUGAUCAACAUAGAAGCUGCUUUUCUUUAUUUUUAUGUUUAAAAGCGAACGCUUUGGCCGAGAGCAGUAUUUUUCCUUUUCAUUUUGAUUUUCUCUUCAGGAAAUAAAAUUUCCUUGAACCUCCAGCAGCAGCAGAUGGUCAGAAUUCAGACUUGAGUUGUCUUCCAGAAGAUUCUGACUGUCCUCAGUUGUGUUUUUUUGGUGGAAACUAAAAAAAGGUUUUAGUUUCCUGGAUUAUGAUUUUUGGAAAUUGUU